UCUUCAUAUAUACACACCACAAUUUCUCUCUCUCACACUCUCCAGCCUCCACAGUUGCAUCCUCUGCAGGAGAAAGGAAAACUAAGAUAAAAAAAAUAUUCCUCUGCUCAGUUUAAAGAAAGAAAAACAUCUCUUCUUGGGUCUCACAAAAAUUUCUCUCUUCUUUCUGCAUCACUUUGGAAUUGCUUGGUUUCUACUUCUUUUUUGUUCUUUCUGUUGUUAUGCUUUUGCAGCAUAUAUACUCUCUUCUCUGCCGUGUCAAACCCCAACAUCACCCAGUUUCUGCAAUUUUCUGCUUUCUAUCUCUCUUUGCUCCAUUCAAGGUCUUGGACAUUCUCUUCCCUUCGCACAUGCACAUGAUGCACAUGUAAUGUGUGUAACACACAAAAAAGUAUGAAAUUUGCAUGACCAAGUCUUCUCCCAGCUUGAUGCAAGUUAUGGUCAAUGCAUUGGUGUUAUCAAUUUACCAUCUUUUUUAGAAAUUCCUCCUUCUGAAGCACCUUGGCACAUUCCAAAUUCUUUCUACCCCACAACGAAAGGUCUUUAAUUUAUUCUUUCUGGGUGGAGGAUGGUGCUUAAUCAGGCCCUGUGAACUCUGAAAAGUUGAAGGGUACCAGAAAAAUGUCUAAAAAGGUCUUCACAUCACUGAAGGAUGAAAACCCAGAGUUGCAGAAGCAAAUUGGGUGCAUCAGUGGUUUUUUUCAGCUCUUUGACCGUCACAGGUUCCUCACAGAGCAACAAGGUGGAACAAGGAACCAAGUGAAAGAGGUGAAUAACACAACUCAAAAGGCAACGGGAAAGAAUGUGAAGGUUGCAGGAGAGAAUCAGCAAUUCUCCACAGAGUCAUCAAGAACUUCAAUGUCUUCGUCUUCACGUUCAUCUAGCAUGUCAUCGCUCGAGUUCAACAGGGCAAUUCAGAUAGAACCACCAUCAAUAAUAAGUCCAAUGAAGAUUCCAGAGAACUCAAAUCCAGAAGUAGCAGUGAAGCAACAUGGCAACCAAGGCCCUCAAUCCCUUGAUUUCUAUGACAUUGUGAAAGAGUCAAUGCAUAGAGAUGUUCAAGGAUUGUCAAUAAAAGUUGUGGCUAAAGAGGAAAAGAAAGGUAGAAUCUUGAAACAUGUUGAUUCUCCCAGGCCUUUGGAGCCGCCAAAACAUGUAAACAUGGUUGCUUGGGAUUCACCGAGACUCUCGUAUGAUGGGAGGGACACACAAGAUUCAUUAAAAUCUGCUACAAAGGCUAAGGAACUCCCCAGGCUUUCCUUGGACAGCAGAGAAGGAUCCAUUAAAAGCUUCAAUGAAGGAACAAAAUGUCUUGGCCUUCUGAAGGGUCUACAGAAAGGGUAUGGUAGCUCUGGCACAAUGAUUAAGCAGCUGCAGGAACCAGAAACUUCUAGAAGAUCAUCCAGUGUUGUAGCAAGGUUGAUGGGACUUGAAACCUUCCCAGACUGCACAGAAACUUGUACCAGUAAAAAUGAGUCAAAUGCAGAACCUAGCACAAAUGAUGAGUACAAACAACACCAGAUUGCAGCAUCAAUGAAAGGGUCUAGUUUUCUUCAGUUUAGGAGGGAUGCUUCAAUCCUGAAUGUGACACCGUAUUCAAGGUUUUCCCUAGAACCUGAAGUGAAUCUUCAGCAAAUACAGACUUCAAAGAGAAGUGAAUCUGCAGCAAAAGCAUCAAACCAAUCACUCUCUGUAUACGGGGAGAUUGAAAAGAGGAUUGCAGAUAUAGAGUUCAAAAACUCUGGAAAGGAUCUCAGAGCGCUUAAACAGAUUCUUGAUGCUAUGCAGAGAUAUAAAGAAUCAUUUGAUAUUACAAGGGACCAGGCUUCAAAUUCUCUAUCUGACAAUAGGAGUAAUAGCAGUCUGAGUGAAAGCUCUGUGGUUAAAAGCCCAAGAAUUCGGCAGAAGGGGCCGGCAUCCACCACUUCUGAGAUGAGAAAUUCAACACAGGGUUGUAAGUCACCAAUUUUCACCAUGAAACCAGCAAAAUCUGCAAGACAAACCAGCAAGUUUGGUUCUGCUAAUCCUGCAAAUGGAGUAGUGGGUGACAAGCUUCACAGGAAAACAGCAAAGGAUAAGAGCAACAACAAGAUGAGAACAUCAAAAUUGUUGCAAUCGCCAAAAGUUCCUCAAGUAAUCAAUGGGGAAAAUGGCACCAACUCCAGCAAGAGUCCAAGACUACAAAAGAAGUUUGGUUUGGAGAGGCGCUCACCGACAACUAGCCCUUCAUCAGAAUCAUGCAGUAACAGAAAACAGCAGAAUAGACAAAAAUUCAGCGAGACCAAAAACCAAAGGGGGGAUUUUAAGCAUGAAGUUGGCGUAGAAGUCAUUCACAUUGAUCAAAAUAAUGCAGCAGAAGAUUUGAACAAGGAAAGCUUUCAAGCUGAGAAAAUAGUUACAGCGGAGCAACCAAGUCCUGUGUCUGUUCUUGAUGCUGCUUUCUACAGUGAAGAACCACCUUCACCAGUCAAAAAGAAAUCAGACAUCACAAGAGAUUUAGAUGAUGCUCUUUCUGAUAGCAGUGAGGAGAACUCAGAAGAUCUUCCACUUUUAUCCUACAAUGCAAAAGCCAACUUCAGCAGCAGUGAUACUGACUUGAGAACUCAAAAUUUGGUUCAAAUUCUCCAUCAAAUUGACUCCAAUGAUGAGAGAUUUACCAGUUUCAGAGACUAUAAUGAUCCUGACCAUAAAUAUAUAUCAGAAAUACUGUUAGCAUCAGGGCUUCUCAGCAGUCCAAGCUCUUGCUACGAUUUUCAUUCAUCAAGUCACCCAAUAAACCCAAAGUUGUUCCUUGCACUAGAGCAAAUCAAGACAAACAAGAACUGUUUCAACAUUGAAUACAAUGCCAAGAAAAUUUCUGGGCCAAGUAGUCCUGAGAAAAUGCAAAGAAAGCUAGUAUUUGAUGUUGUUAGUGACAUUCUAGCUCAGAAACUGAUAUUGGAAAGUUCUACUCCGUGGUGCGGAUCAUAUCAGCCAACAAGUAGAAAAAUAAAAGGGAACCUUCUGUUGGAUGAGCUUUGCACAGAAAUUGAUAAGUUGCAACAUAAAAAUAGGAAUGUGAAACUUAUUAACGAGGAUGAGAACAUGACAAGCCUCCUGUGGGAAGAGUUGAUGCAGUGUCCCACAAUUUACACAAACAGUUACAUGGAAAUUCCAAAUGUUGUGUUGGAUAUUGAACGGUUGAUCUUCAAAGAUUUGAUAACUGAAGUUGUGAGAAGUGAACUAGCUAACCAAUCUGGUAAGCACUGCAGAAAACUGGUGUUUUGCAAGUAGGAGUUCUGGGUAAUGAGUCUGAGAAAUAAUUUUCAGCCUUCAUGUGUAAACUUUCUUUUCUACCUAUACUUAUACUUUUGAGGAGGGGAAAAUAAGCUAAUUAAUACAAGUUUUAGAUUUUGUUUCCUGUCUAAACUCAUCAAGCAUUAAUGUCUACAAUCAUCUUUUUUGCAUGGA